GCUGCCGAGUUAGAGGCUCUCUGGCUUCUUCCAGAGCGAUGGGCAACAGGAAGAAGGAAAUUGCCCUGCAGGUCAACAUCAAAACCCAGGAGCGUUGGGAGGAAAUGCUCGCCUCCAAAGGACUGACUGUUGUGGAUGUCUACCAGGGCUGGUGUGGACCCUGCAAAGCUAUGGUUAGCCUCUUCCAGAAGAUGAAGAUCGAGGUUGGCUCGGACCUUCUCCAUUUUGCUUCGGCAGAGGCUGACUGCCUUGAUGUUCUGGGAAAAUACCGAGGGAAGUGCGAGCCGACCUUUCUGUUAUAUGCAAGAGGAGAACUGGUGGCCGUGGUGAAAGGAGCCAACCCCAUUCUGCUUCAGAAGACCAUCUUACAGAAGCUGGAGGUCGAAAAGAAGGCUCUGGCUGAAGGCCGGGAAUGGAAUGUGGUUACUGAUGAGAAUCAUUUGGGUGCAGCCAAGUGGCCUCCCCGCAAAAAGGAUGGUGGCAAAGAUGGGGACAUAGCAUCAUCAGGAAAGGCCUGUACAUUAGGCCUCAUUAAGCCCGAUGCAGUGGCCCACGGGAGGGCUGAUGAAAUCAUCAUGAAGAUCCAGGAAGCAGGAUUUGACAUACUAACAAACGAGGAGAGAACCCUGACAGAGGCAGAAAUGCAAGUGUUCUAUUCGCGCAGAGCCAGAGAGGAGGCAUUUGAGAAGCUAGUACACCAUAUGUGUAGUGGACCCAGCCACCUCCUGAUCCUCACCAAGACCGAGGGCACCGAGGACGUAGUCACUGCUUGGCAAAACUUCCUGGGACCUUGUGACCCUGAUGUGGCCAGGAGGGAACAUCCCGAAAGUCUCCGGGCUCAGUAUGGCACAGAAAUGCCUUUUACCGCUGUGCAUGGAAGCCGAGAGGAUGCCAACAGAGAGCUGGCCCUGCUCUUCCCCAGCUUCCAGUUUUCAGAUAAAGACGUGGAAGCCCCACAGGUAUUCAUAUCUGUUCAUUUUGUUUUGCGAUCCACCAAGACUAGCCAUGGCCAUCUGUGCGAUCAUGGGUUUGAAGAUGUUAGCGAAUGCCUGGAGGACUCAGAGUACACCACACUAAAGACAGUGAAGUUGACCUUGUGUGGGCCCAGUGCAGGCAUCUACAAGUCUUUAUCGCUGUCAGGAAAGGAUUCUGAUUAA